AUGGCACUACGCGCCGGGAGGACUUGGUUUGGGCAGGUUUUGCGCAGAGUGUCUAGGCUGCAGCGCUCGUGGUCCCGGCGAUCGAGCAGUCUCCUGUGUCUCUCUGCGAACCCGGAGCAGGAUCUGGGGACCUGUUACAGGGAUCACACACAUAGCAGUCUCCACUACUGCUCCUCCGUCCACCGCACCCACCGUCACCAACACGCGCCAGUCUGUCCCUCCUCUUCCAGCCGCUGCCAACGCUUUCCCGAUUGCUGCGCAGCCUUCCCGGGGGAUCCGAGGGGACAUGAGCCCCUCACUCGCCGGUUCCUGGUGGUCAUGAAGCGGCAGAACGUGCGGACCUUGUCCCUGAUCAUCUGCACGUUCACGUACCUGCUGGUCGGGGCCGCGGUGUUCGAUGCCCUGGAGUCAGACUUCGAGAUGCGGGAGAAAGAACAGCUGGAGGCAGAGGAGAAGCGUCUCCAAGGGAAAUACAACAUUAGCGAGGACGACUACCGCAAACUGGAGACCAUCAUUAUGGAGGCCGAGCCCCACAGGGCCGGAGUUCAGUGGAAAUUUGCGGGAUCUUUUUACUUUGCCAUCACAGUCAUCACCACCAUAGGUUAUGGCCAUGCAGCUCCCGGGACAGACGCGGGGAAGGCCUUUUGCAUGUUCUAUGCCGUCCUGGGGAUACCCCUGACCCUGGUCAUGUUCCAGAGCCUGGGCGAGAGGAUGAAUACCUUCGUCAAGUCCCUCCUGAAGCGCAUCAAGAAGUGCUGCGGAAUGCGCAUCACCGACGUUUCCAUGGAGAACAUGGUGACGGUGGGGUUCUUCUCCUGCAUCGGGACGCUGUGCAUCGGGGCGGCCGCCUUUUCCCACUACGAGGACUGGAGCUUCUUCCAGAGCUACUACUACUGCUUCAUUACACUGACUACCAUCGGCUUCGGGGACUUUGUUGCCCUGCAGAAGAACCGGGCCCUGCAGCGGAGGCCUCUGUAUGUGGCCUUCAGCUUCAUGUAUAUCCUGGUGGGCCUGACUGUCAUAGGAGCCUUUCUCAACCUGGUGGUGCUGAGGUUCCUGACCAUGAACAGUGAGGACGAGAGGCGGGACGCAGAGGAGAGGGCCUCGCUGGCGGGGAACAGAAACAGCAUGAUCAUCCACAUUCAGGAGGAGACGCUGGGGAGAGGAGGAGGUGCAGGGAGGAGGCGCAGGGAAACGCAAGGCCAGUACUGCGCCGAGGUCACCGAUGUGCCGUCUGUCUGCUCCUGCAUGAACUACCACUCACACGAGUUCGGUAGCUGUGGGGGGGAGAUGGGAGUAGGAGGAGAGAUGGGAGUAGGAGGAGGAGAGAUGGACUGUGCCUUCUCCCACCAGAACUCCUUUAGUUCCCAGUUGAACCCCCACCAGUACUUUCAUUCGGUGUCAUACCGCAUCGAGGAAAUCUCUCCCAGCACCCUAAAGAACAGCUUCUUCCCCUCGCCCAUCAGCUCAGUCUCCCCAGGCCUCCAUAGCUUCACAGACAAUCACCGACUGAUGAAGAGAAGGAAAUCUAUCUGA